AGAGAACGCAGGUUGCGAGCCGUGCUCCAGCUGGUGGGGGCAAGAAAGAGUCUUUUCCUCGACUUCUUUUGGCGUAGCCCGCGAAUUCCCGUUUGGGGAACGCCUUUUCCCAACAUUCGGUAGUCAGGAGUGAACCCAUCUUCAUUCACUGCCAAGGAUUCUUGGGAAUUUGGGGUUUUGCUUUCUCCUCACGAGCGCCCACCACCCCUAUCAUGGUGAUGUUCAAGAAGAUUAAGUCUUUCGAGGUGGUCUUUAACGACCCGGAAAAGGUGUACGGCAGCGGGGAAAAGGUGACGGGCCGAGUGGCGGUGGAGGUGUGCGAGGUGACCCGCGUCAAGGCUGUGCGGAUCCUGGCAUGCGGGGUGGCCAAGGUCCUGUGGAUGCAGGGCUCGCAGCAGUGCAAGCAGACCCUCGACUACCUGCGCUACGAAGACACGCUCCUCCUGGAGGAAGAGCCGUCCGGUGAGAAUGAGAUGGUAAUCAUGAGGCCUGGAAACACCUACGAGUACAAGUUCGGUUUCGAGCUUCCUCAGGGACCUCUGGGAACAUCCUUCAAAGGAAAGUACGGAUGUGUAGACUACUGGGUGAAAGCUUUUCUGGAUCGCCCCAGCCAGCCAACUCAAGAGAUCAAGAAGAACUUUGAAGUUAUGGAUCUAGUGGAUGUCACCACUCCUGAGUUAAUGGCGCCUGUGUCUGCGAAAAAAGAGAAGAAAGUUUCCUGCAUGUUCAUUCCUGAUGGACGGGUGUCUGUGUCUGCCCGCAUUGACAGAAAAGGCUUCUGUGAAGGGGAUGAGAUUUCCAUCCAUGCUGAUUUUGAGAAUACGUGUUCCCGCAUUGUGGUCCCCAAGGCUGCCAUUGUGGCCCGGCACACCUAUCUUGCCAAUGGCCAAACCAAGGUGCUGACCCAGAAGUUGUCAUCAGUUCGAGGCAACCAUAUUAUCUCGGGGACCUGUGCUUCAUGGCGGGGCAAGAGCCUGCGGGUGCAGAAGAUCAGGCCUUCUAUCCUGGGUUGCAACAUCCUCCGAGUUGAAUAUUCCUUGUUGAUCUACGUGAGUGUUCCUGGAUCCAAGAAAGUCAUCCUUGACCUGCCCUUGGUGAUUGGCAGCAGGUCGGGUCUCAGCAGUCGAACAUCCAGCAUGGCCAGCAGAACGAGCUCCGAGAUGAGCUGGGUAGACCUGAACAUCCCCGACACACCAGAAGCUCCCCCUUGCUAUAUGGACAUCAUUCCUGAAGAUCACAGACUGGAGAGCCCCACCACUCCUCUGCUAGAAGAUGCAGAUGGUUCUCAAGACAGCCCUAUUUUCAUGUAUGCUCCUGAGUUCAAGUUCAUGCCACCACCCACAUACACUGAGGUGGAUCCCUCCAUCCUCAACAACAAUGUGCAGUGAACACGUGGAACAGAAGCAGCAGCUAGCUGUCCCUACUUGUUUCUCUCUGCCUCCUCUCCUGGCUGCCUUUUCAGAGACUCUGCAGUUUCUAUGGGGUUCUGAGCCCACCCCGCCUCUGACUCCCCAUGUUGGAGGUGAUCAGCUGGCAGUCUCCUGGGCCUUAAAGGGUGCUCACCUAUCCUCAACCAGUGAGAUGUGUGCUAUGAGGGUUCUGCUAUCGGAUGGGUUUGAAAACUAGAAAAGCCCAGGCCCAUCGCCCUUUGUCAGAUUCUCGAGAAUUUUAAGGCAUUUUCAUUAGUUCUGAGUGUAAGGAAUGGGAAUGACCUUUUUCGUUGGUCUUCCCAAGACAUUUUGAAAGGGAUUAUAAAUUGUACCAACAACAGAUCUUGAACUUGUGUAUUACGUGGCACAGAGUGGGUUUAGCGAGUAGAAAAAAAAGGAAAGGAAAAAACAAAAAACAAUGACGAAAACUUAGGGGACAGAAGGUGCUUGAAUCAGUAUUUCCCUUUAUACACUAUUACAGAAAGAAGAAAAAACUAACCCCUCUAGGGCUGAUUUGGUGUGGACUCUAGAGAGAGCUUCCUAUGUGAAUUAAAGGGAAGACACUCUCAGGUUGUCUUUGCUUAGAAUAUACUUUAUUCUGUCUUAAAGCAAUAAUAACUAAACCCCACCAAAGGUCUGAAGCCAAUUUCAGAGCUUUGUGCACUGUGUUCUGUGUCAAACGGUUUUUAUAUGGGAAAAUGAGAAUUUUUUUUUUCAUGUGACUCCUUGGAAUUGAUUCUAAGGUGAUGUUCUUCGCACUUUAAUUCUGUAAACGUGUUUUUUGGGGGUUUAUCUCAAGUGUAAACUAAAGCUAGUCUGCCUCUAGGAGUGAGUACGAUGACAAAAGAAAAAAAGUGUUACUCGUUACUUUGGAGACUGUUCUAGUGUAUAGAAUUCUGAAAUUCUGACACUACACGGAGAAAGGGUUGUUGGUGUCUUCCUGCCCGCUGUGACUUCAAACUCGAGGAGGACUCGGUGGAGACAUCCAAACACUGCUUGAGCCUCCCACAGCGCCACGAUGAAAUUAUAGGGCACAUCUUCCCAGGAUCAGCCUGAGUCCCCUUCCUCUCAGCGGUGGCAGACGUGGACCCCACACUUGGUCAGUCACCUUCAGCCUUAGCACUUUGUUCACUGUCCUGUGUCAGAGCACUGAGUUCCAGCCUUUCUUAUGAAAAUAGGUGGACUGAAGGUGGUUUCACUUUUUGUUUUUUAAAUUGUUUAUCUUUUUGUAUGAUAAAACUAUUUUGUAUAUAACCAGAUAUAUUUUCACCCCAGGUGGGGUUAUUCUUUAUAUAAAAAAAUAAAAAAUAAAAAGUUGUUUUUUUUAAA